AUGUGCCUGACGCUCAACUCCAUCGUCUCCUCGUUGCUGCGGCGGAAGAAACAGUCGCGUUCGUCCCAAUGUGCGACUCGAGUCACGUCUGCGCGUGACGACGACGACGACAACAACGACGACGAUAGUGACGACGAGUGGGGCAUUGUCCAUCGUGCCAAUGUACCGCCAAGAAGAGUGUUUCUCGAAUCAAGUCGGCUGCAGAUGGAAACUGCGUGCCGAGGCGUUCGAGUGUCGCUCGUUCUCGUUGUCACGUGGCCACCGAGUCACGUUCCCUUCCGUCUCCGCCUGCAGCAAACGCGAGCAACGUGGACAUUCGAAGCAGCUGCUGCUACAAUGUGCUCCCCGUACAACACAUGUCGCUUUGUGCAGAAGCCAAUGUCUGAUGUUGGCUUCGUGACGUCGUCGCUGUUGGAUGCGUACGUGUCCGAUCGACUUGAGCGCGCUGCUCGCCGGCAUUUCGAGUGGACAACAGGCAGUCGACUCGGGAGCACCUUCUCACCACUGCCACAUAAAGUCACGAGUGCGCACGCCCACGCAGCGGCGAUCACGAGGAAACGGGUCACGCACUCGACUGCGAGUACAGGCACAAAGGCGUCCGAGCCGUUGUCAGCUACUGCUGCGGAGGUGUCGACUCGACAUGAUCCGAGUCAGACUGGCAAUUGCAAAGACACUGAGCGACACCGCCACGUGGCACAGGCCAAGCGACCGACUGGUCGCUUGCGCACACCUCGUCGGAGGCCAUUGCACAAGACCGCGUCACGGUACUUAUUGUACAAGAAUACGACCGCAUAUCUCAGGCGGCGCACGGAAAACCUACGUCGGGCGCGCGCGCUGGGAUCGUCACGUCAAAGGCAGGACAAGACAGGCGGGUACAUGCUGUAG